AUGGAGCCGCGCGCGGGGGGCGCCACGGACCCUAAGGGGAGCAGAGGAGGCCGUGGCCUUCCCCCGCCCGCGGGCCCCAGAGCCCGGCAGCUCCUGGCGCGGCUGGACGCGCGCCCCCUGGCGGCCCGAGCUGCGGCCGACGUCGUGGCUCUGAUACGCCGGGCCGACGGCACAGUGCGCCUGCGCCCCAAGGAGGACGUUAGCGUGCUGGAUUCUGCGGACAUAGAGGUCACAGACAGUCGCCUUCCUCAUGCCACUUUCGUGGAACACCGGCCCCAGCAUCGUCGGUCAGAGACCUUGGGUACACGUACCGCGCCGCCCCAAGUGACCGAGGGUAAGGCACGUCGUGCUUCGAAGCCGCCCCAGGCCUCUGAUCAGUUCUGUGUGGAACUCGUUCGCAGUUCCGUGGGCUUUGGCUUCACAUUAAGUGGAGGCCGAGAUGCAGGCGGGGACGCUCCGCUGGCAGUGCGCGGGCUGCUGAAGGAUGGGCCAGCACAGCGCUGCGGUCGCUUGCAGCCUGGCGACCUCGUGCUCCACAUCAAUGGAGAGUCAACUCAGGGCCUCACCCAUGCCGAGGUCAUGGAUCGGAUUCGCACAGGCGGUCCCCGGCUCUGCCUUGUGCUAAGCAGGCCUCCUGAGACCCACCCCGGCAAGCCUGAGGGGGUGGGAGGGCCCUGGAAACAAGAUGUCUUGCCAUCCCCAGAUCGCAGUGCAGAUCCUGGGGGACCAGAGGUGACGAGGUCUCGCAGCUCCAGCACUUCCCCAUUUCAGCACCCUCGACCCCGUACGACGCCCCAAACCCGGGGCAGCCCGGAGUCUAGCCCAGGAGUGGCGGACGACCCCGCGGUUCCUCCUCCUGAGGGCCGCACAGAGGACCCCAACGACCACACCCCGGAUUCCCCUGGACCCUGGCUGGUGCCGAGCGAGGAACGGCUCUCGCGAGCCCUAGGGGUCCCGGGGGCCGCGCAGCUAGCCCUGGAGAUGGCAGCCGGAAGGCGGAGGCACUGA